AUGGUUAUUCUUUAUCAGAUUUAUUCAAGUGGGAGUGACAAUGAUGAAUCCACAGAUGAAGAAAUUGAGGAUAUGUUACUUGAAGAAGAAUUGAAGGGUAAACAAAUGAUGUUAUCGGCUGCUGUAGGGGUAACGAUACUUACCAAGUACUAUUUUAAAUACUUGAUAAAACAACCCCCUAGAAUUUCAUUGUGUUCUGGAUGGCAAUGGGUACAAGAAGUGCUUUCAACUCCAGGUGAGAGUUAUAGGAUGUUUAGAAUGGAGUCUGAUGUGUUCUGUAGUCUUGCUAAAUUGUUGAAAGACGAUUAUGGUUUGAAGUCUACUAGGACCAUGUGUUCUGAAGAAUCACUUGCAAUGUUUAUAUAUUUAUGUGCUCAGUUUCAAUCAAACCGUAAUCUGCAAAAUAGGUUUAAACAUUCGGGGGAAACAAUCAGUAGAAAAAUGAAUGAAGUUCUUAAAGCUAUGACUAAAUUUUCUAGAGAUAUUGUGAGACCUUCUGAUCCAUAUUUUAGGGAGGUCUCGGUCAAAAUACGAGGUAACUAUAAGUAUUGGCCACAUUUCAAGGAUUGUAUUGGUGCCAUUGAUGGGACUCACAUCCCAUGUGUUGUUCCGGAAGAAGAUAGAAUUCCUUACAUAGGGCGUAAAGGGCACCCAACUCAAAAUAUUCUGGCAAUUUGUGACUUUGACAUGUUGUUUACAUACUUUGUUGCUGGGUGGCCUGGAUCCGUUCAUGACAAUCGUGUUUUAAAGAAUGCAAUGGAUAAUCCAAAGAAGGCGUUCCCUCAUCCACCAGAAGGUAAAUAUUAUGUUGUUGAUGCGGGUUAUCCUAAUAUGAAAGGAUUUUUGGCUCCGUUUAAAGGCCAACGAUAUCAUAUUCCUGAUUAUCGCCGUUCAACUCAACCUCCAACCGGUUAUUACGAAGUCUAUAAUUAUAAACACUCUUCAUUAAGGAAUGUGAUUGAGCGAACAUUUGGAGUAUGGAAAAGUAGAUGGAGGAUACUAUCCAUGAUGCCAAAUUUUCCACUAGAAACACAAAACAAGAUUGUUGCUGCAACUAUGGCUAUGCACAACUACAUUAGAAGACAUGCACUUGAAGAUUUGGAAUUCGACAAAUGCGAUGCGGACCCAAAUUAUAUUCCUGUGGUGGAAGAAGAUGCUCAAGAUAUUGGUGGUGGUUCUUCGAGUACUUUACGAGAAGAUCACGAUGGCUCAAUGGAUGAUGAUAGCAUGGAGUCUGUCCGGCACAACAUUGCAUCUUCUAUGUUGAAACAAGAUUUGCAAGAGCAAUGUGUAUAA